GUAGCUAACUCUGCUAUCACCGCCUGUAUUUAGCAUGAGGACGUUAGCAUACAUAAAAAUGAAUGUUUAACCCAUUGACUGCUGAUUAAGGUUUGACCCAGGUGGGCGUUGUUUGCGUGACGUAUUUAAGUCGCAAGGUGUAGGUGCGGUUUUCUGUUUCCUGUGUGAGAAAGGGGAAACCGCAGCUUCGUCACUUGUUUGGGAAAGCUUACGAACGAAAUGUCUUUCGACCUGUCGUCAGCUGUUGGUCAAGACGAUGUGGUGAAGAAGGAGGAAGCUCAGAAGGAUGAGUUUAAUUUGCCCUGGCAGAAGAAAAAGGACAAGGACAAGGAAGGUGACAAGUCUGAUAAAAAGCCCAAGUCUGACAAAGAGGACAAGUCUGACAAAAAGCACAAGUCUGACAAAGAGCAUAAGCCUGAAAAAUCCAAGGACAAAGACGGCAAAGAGCACAAGAUAAAGCACAAGAAGAAAAAGGAAAAGAAGGAGGGAAAGAAAACAGGCUCUUCAUCCUCCAGCAGUGAUGAGGAAUGAUGCCUCCUGGGUUACCAGACUGCUCUUAGUCUAUUAUGAUGUUGUCUAUUGACAAAAUGACUGUAGUAGUUCUUUUUCUUCCUGUCAUUACAUUGGUGUCAUAAAAACAUGAUCUUGUGUAAGCAAAUUGGCUGAUUCCUCAACAAAAUGCAUGCAGGUUGUUUUUUGCAUUAAGUUCUUCCUUAAAUAAAGUGUGUUUUCAUCACCACAAGA